AAAAGAAAUGAUAAAUGUAUGAAAUAAAAGGUAUAAUAAUAAUAUUAUGUUGUUAAUGUUUAAAAAACCUUGUUAAAAAUAAUAUUUCAAAAUAAAAUAUAAAUACAGAAAAAAAUAGCAAAGAAAUUACCACCAAACUAACAGCAUUAUGAAAGUGAAAUUUUGAUUUAUGGCCCAAAAGUUUGGGCCGCCAAAUACUGACCCAAAAAAAGGCAGGCCGGGCGUUAUAAAAUUCCAAUGACCAAUUACGUUUAGAAAUUGCGUGUUGCGCCUUGCAUAAAAUGCGACCAAUUAUUGGGGGGCGUUUCAUAAGCAUGUCUCAUUAUCAUCGAAGGGCCUGUGGUGUAUGAAAUGGGGCCUACUCUUCGGAAUGGAAAAUGCAUCCAUUUGUUUUUUGGGACACAUCUGAAUUGAAGUCACAUUACCAUUAAAUAUCGCUUAAAAUACAGCUUAAGCUUUUCUAUGAAACUUGUAGGCUCAAAUUGGGCUGACUUCUUUAUGAAAACUAAUUCAAAAUAGUUUUCACGCACACCUUUAGUUUAUUACGAGUCUGGCAGGAAACUGUCUUCCAUCAUUGGAAUUUUUUUUACUACAGUUGAAUGCGAGUUUAAAAAUGUCAGUAAGAUAUUACCAACAAAGCUUCCAUUCAUCUAGAAAAAUAGAAACAUUAAAAAAUUAAUAUAUUUUACGCAAUUAAUUGUUUGAUUCCGCUUUGAAGUGACUGCAAUUCCCCACUGUGCCUGCCACAUUUCGUUAUGUCAAUCGGUGGCUCUGCUCCUGUUUGCUGCCCCAGCAAAAAAGAGUACAAAAGUGGGGCCAACAGGUGACUGACGGCGGCAUUGGGAGGCCAUCUCUCGAUCAUGAGCGCCUGGUCCGCAUUGCUUUUUAAGGUAAAGAGCGAGUGCUGACUUGCGACGACAACAAGUUCGCUGCCUAAGUCUUUUGUUUGGCGCUGUCUCUUUCCUUCCUUUCUUUCGCCGGCCAAGAACAGUCAAUGGGAAAACACUUUCGUUGCGAUUAAUCGGCCACUUGCAGGCAAUUCAUGUAGCUGCUGGUCGCGUGCUGCGCUUUAACCACUGCAAACUAGUUUUAUUUGUUUUCAUGAUGUUUUUUUUUUUAUUUCAUUCGGCGCCAGAGUCAAGAAAAUCCGACCACUUUCUUCAGUGCGCACUUCCAAUGCGAGUCGUCGUCACUCCAUUCCAAUGGAACUCCAGCGGAUGGGCACAUGGUUUUUGUCCGCCAACAGCAACCAGCUAACACUCAGUUGUCUUCGCGACUUGAACAGUUUACAUUUGAAGAAAGCGCCGCGGCGCUCGCUGACAUGAAGUUAAUUGACGUGAUUAUAUACCUAAUUGCCAUCUUGAUCUUCAUCUAUUUGCUGCUGGAAUAGCAGAAGAAGCCAGAAGUCACUCGACAUUUGCCCCAGAGCUUUCUACAAUCCACUAGAUCGACCAGCCAGCUAACCGACAAUUAAACAACGAAAAUCUCUAGCAAAUCCGAAACAAGAUGAGGCCAUUCCUGCUGCUCGCCCUGCUCCUGGCGCUGGCCAGCUGUGAACAGCGUCCGCUGGUCUUCACCAACUGGCCACCGAAGAGCUCCAAGCAGCUUAGUCGUCCCGCCAUUGCAGCUGGAGGUCCUGGAUCCGCCGGAGCGCCAGGCAAGCAGCGCACUCUGGUCGUCCAAAUCCGCAGCGACCAGCCGGUGCCAUUGGUGCUGAAGGGUCGUCCUGGUCAUGCUGCGCACACCCAUGCCGCCCAUCUGGCCCAUCCGCAUUCCGUGCAUCCUGGACACGUCCUGUCGCACGCCCAUUCACAUGCCCAUCUGCACUCGCAUCCGCUGAUCCAUCUGCCACAGCAUCAGUACCAGCAUCAGCACCUGCGCGGACCACCGCGUCCCAUGAAACUGAGUGGUCCUUCGCCCGUCUACCUGAAACCAGCUGGAUCUCUACGGAAGCCACUCAAGAUCAAACUGAACAAUGUGAAGCCCAAGGCGAAACCCACAUUCGGAUACGACAAGCCCUUCAAGUACGAGAAGCCCACUGCUGUGAGCUACAGCGAGCUGCAGAAUCUGCCGCUGGACACGCACAACAACUUCAACACCGAGCACUUUGCACCCAUUUACACGGUACCCGCACCGAACCUGGCCGACAAUCACCUGGACGUGGAGGAGGGUCAUCUUGACACCUCCUACCUGUACAAACCUCCAUCCCAGAUCCAGACCCCAUCCUCCUCAGCCCGUCCCCAGACAUAUUUGCCACCAAAGUACAGUGUGCACGAGGACGAGUCCAAUGACCAAACCAUUCGCGAUCCCAUUUCGGGUUCGCAGAAACUCUUUGCCCCAGAUCCGGAUCCCUCGCUGCCCACCACCAAGAUACGCCCCUCCACCGAAUCGUUCAACACGCCUAGCAACAACAAGCCGCUGCCCGCCGAUGUCCAGAGCAACCAACUGCCCGCCCAGCCAUUGGUUCAGAUUUUGGGAGCCCAGACGGCAGCCCAAACGGCACCGGAGAUCUAUCCCAUUCAGUAUGCCCAGCCGGCGGUACAGUCCCAGUCCUUUAUUGCCGCCAUCCCAGCUGCCCACAUACCUAUCUACAAUCCCACCUACCUGGUGACGCAGUCCAACCAACUGUACUCGGCCCACAAGCAGCAACUCUUCAAGCCCAGCUCGGAACCGGUGGUGGAAGCGGGUUACGUCAACGCCGAUCUCACCCAGGAGGUGGCCAGCAACGGGCAGAUACUGCAGGCAGCCAAGGAUCCACAUCACAACAUCCAUCCCGUGCUUGAUGCGGCGCCACAAUAUGCUGCUCUUAUUGCUGCUCCGGCUCUGGGUGAUCCCAAUGAGGGUGCCUACGAGACGGCCUCGUUCCACUUGCCCAAUGUGGCGUCGGCGGUGACUGCCUCCGUUCCGGAAGGCGGCUUCGUGGUGUCCAACUUCUAUGGCCAUGCCCACGACUCGUCCCAAUUGCUACAGGCGUACGCGGAAGAGGAGGCACGUCGCCAGCAACUGGAAACAGAGCAAGCCGCCAUUGAGCUGCAGAAGCAGCAGCAGUUGCAUCUGGAGGAGCUAAAGGCACAGGCCCAGGAGCAGCAGCAACAACAUCAGUUGCAUCUGGAGGAGCUGAGGGCUCAGGCACAGUACCAGCAGCAGCAACAGCAGCAGUUCGAGGAGCUGCAGGCCCAGGCACAGGAGCAACACUUGCAGCAGCAACACCAGCAGCAUCAGCUGCAGCUGUUGCAGCUGCAGCAGCAACAACAGCAGUUGCAGCAGCCAGUGCAGCACCAUCCGCCGCAGCAGGUGCAACACCAGCAGCAACAGGUGGCUCAGGAUCCUGCAGCAAGUGCCUUCGAGGAGCACCAGCGAUUGGUGCAGCAGCAGCUCGGCGCCAGCACGCCACUUCGCAUCUUUGUGCCCGACGAGGAAGCAGCCGAAUCGCGACUGCAAAAGAGGUCGGAUGAUCUGAAGAAGGGCACGGUGGAGGAUGUGCCCAGUGCGGGUCGGAACGACGGCGAGGACAGCGAGGAGUCAGCCAAAGAUUUGUUCGAGGUAUCCACCUCCGUCGAAGUGGCCGGCGAGCAUCUCACGGCCAGCAGUAAUUAGUUAAGGCACAUUAAGUCUUCGACGCUGUUCAAAAAUAUUUAUUUACACACUCAUUUGUAAAAACGCAUUCAUGUAGCGAGCAGUCGGUAGUUAAUAAAAAUAACCAUUAAUUUAUUCAAA